AUGGAUUUCCAGACCUUCGUGCGCUCGCUCGCGCAUGACCCGAAACCCGCGCAUUCAUUCAAGCCGACCGGCGGCGGGGAAGGCGGAGAGGCGCGCGGAGGCGCGCAGCAGGUGCGCGGAGGAGAGGCUGCCGGCGCAGCAGCGCAGACGGCGCAAAAUUCGUUCUUUACUAGGCUAGAAGUCCCCGCAGAUAGAGAUUUCUCCGCAGCGGCAAGCCUUGCAGCUCCCGCCGAUGCUUCCCACGCGGGGCUCUCGCGCGGGAGCGCCGGUAGCCGUUCCGCUGGCGUCGGAUCGCACUGGGGCCUGGCGCGUUCCGCGUCAGACGCGCUGCAUCAGAUGUUUGGGGGCUCCGUGGGUGCUGCAGGGGGAAGCGCUGCGGGUGGCGGGGGGGUAAACGCUGCGGACAGCGGGAGGGAAUUGGGAGAAGCCAGUGGGGGAAGUCAGCGGAGAGCCGCGUGGAGGAACCACGGGGCUGGCGGAAGGGGAAGCGGGGAUUCAGAUGGGAGAAGCGCAAGUUCAGGGGGGAUUGUUUUUCUGCCACUGAACCAGACUCCGAACCGAAAUCCCCAGGGACCUUCAUAUUCGCGCCAGCGGAGCUUUUCCGCCAGUGGCGCAGCUUUUUCCGCCAUCUCUUCCGCCAGCCCUUCCGCCAGCCCCUCCGCCAGCCCCUAUGCUAGCCCCUGCGCGGGUCCUUACGCUGGUCCUGCUGCUUCCGCGACCGCCCCUUCCUCCUCCGCCUCCCCCUAUGGCGGAGGGCUGGGUGGUUCAGGCGGAGGGUUGGGGCCCACCGGGGGAGGGCUGGGGGGCUCAGGCGGAAAGGGCGCAAGUUCCGCGGGACCGAAGGCAGCGCCUCCGUUGCCUUUAUCGAGGUCCGCUGUAGCGAGGUUUAGGCUUCCGCGGAUGGCGUCAGAGAGCGGGCGAAGGCACAGGGCAUGGCAGGCGGACCUGGAGGAGGAUGAUGGGGAGCCGCUGGAGGGGGAGGUGGUACCUGAUCCGGUGGGAUCUGAGGCAGGUGUAGCUGGGAAUAGUUUCAAUGGGGUGAAUUACGGUGGGGUGAGUUCUGGUGGGGAAAGUUUCAAUGGGGCGAAUUACGACGCUGGGCAGUGGGGCGGGGGAGGGAGGUUGGGUUCGGGAGGAGGCGCGGACGGGGUCAAGAGCCAGUCAACACGGUCAAUGCAGUCAAUACGGUUUGGAUCCUGGGGCUCGCCAGCCGCAGCAAGGGGAGGAGCAACAGCAGGAGGGGGACGAGCGGGCGGCAGGGUGGGCAGCAGAGCGGGCGCCAGGGCUGGUACGGGAUUUAUGAUGCGGUCGGCAUCGCUCGGCAAUGCUGGGGCUUUCAUGGGGCAGCUGGAGGGGGACGACGUGGACGCUGACCUGGAUGGAGGUGUAGCUGACUCAGAUGGGGGCUUAGCUGGGGGUGUGGAGGCUGGGCUAGGUCAGGAGUGGAAGACGAGUGGCACGGGGAGUGUAGCAAUGGACGAUGGUGUUACCACAGGUGCUGUAGGGCCCAGGGCUGCUAGCUCUUCCGCCUCAGCAGCUGGGGUAAGUAGUGACCUGCUGGGCAGCCGGGCAUCAGGAGCAGCAGCAGCAGCAGCAGCAGCACCGCCGUCCUCUUCAGUGCAAUUCUUAUCAGGAUCAGGAGAAAAUGAGGAAGAGAAUGAUGAGGGGCUGGCGCCUGGUGCUGUCCCUGGUGCUGCCCCUGGUGCCUCUAGACGGGCCGGUUACGGGAGUAACAGUGGUCGUGGCGGUGGUGGCUCUGCUGCUGCUAAUGGUGCUGCUGCUGGCAGUGGGCGUGGCCGGGGUAACCCGAACUCUAUUCCGGGUAACCGCCGACUGCUGCGGCGGCACACAGACGACCCGACACAGCUGAACCACAUACAGACACCCGAUGCCCUCUCGUCCUUUCCUGCUGUGCCGUCCCGCCUUGGUCCCGGAAAUUUCCAGCGUACGUCGUCCUCGGCUUACCAACGCCCUUCCUCUGCCGCCCAGCGACCUUCAGCUGCCGCCCAGCAGUCUUCUUCUGCCGCCCAGCGACCCUCCUCUGCCGCCCAGCGACCCUCCUCUGCCGCCCAGCGACCCUCCUCUGCCGCCCAGCGACCCUCCUCUGCCGCCCAGCGACCCUCCUCUGCCGCCCAACGGUCCUCUCUGUCCUCUUCUGGUUGGCAGCAGCAAUUUAGAGACCAAGAGCCGAUGGGGGAAAUGCAGGGGCAGGCACAGGGGCAGAUGCAGGAACUGAUGCACCCCAUACAAGCAGUGGUGCAUGCUCCCACCUGCCCUGUUCAAACACUAGUGCAGCCUGCGCCUGCCAGCCCUCCCCAGAGCAUAUAUGGGCCGUUUGACAUGCACCACUUGCCUGAACAUGCUCCCCUGCACUCUCCCCUGCAUUCCCCCUUGCGCUCUCCACACACGCUCGCUCAAUCCCCCCAUUCGCCCCUUCAUUCUCCCCGUGCGCCCAUGCACUCCCCCCACGCGCCCAUGCAGUCCCCCCAUUCGCCCAUGCACUCCCCACGUGCUGCCCCACUCUCCCCCAAUGCGCCCAUGCAGUCCCCCCAUGCGCCCAUGCACUCCCCACGUGCUGCCCCACUCUCCCCCAAUGCGCCCAUGCACUCCCCCCAUGCGCCCAUGCACUCCCCACAUGCUGCCCCACUCUCCCCCAAUGCGCCCAUGCACUCCCCACAUGCUGCCCCACACUCCCCCCACGCUCCUAUGCACUCCCCCAACAGUCUCACCCACGGCCCCCAUUCCCCUCUACGGUCCCCCACACAGGGACUGCACGCCCCCCAUUCCCCCCUUCACUCCCCCCAUGCGCACUCCCCAUCCCAUCCCACAGUCCCCCCCCACUCCCCACUGCGCUCUCCCCACACAGCCCCUCCAUAUAACCAGCAACCGCCUCUCUCCCCCACGUUCUUUUCCCCCAAUUCCUUUUCCCCCAACUCCACUGAUCCGGAGGCUCGGGAAGUCGCUGAGGCUGACCAGCCGGUUUGGAAGCUUGGUGCGGCAGAGGAAAGCACACCCACACCUGCAUUGGGCGGUGGAAGCGAGAGUAUUGUGACUGUAUUGGACUGUGACAGUGGCGACAUGUUUUCAUUUGAGCAGGAGAGGCAGGAGGUGCCUGGUGGGGGGGUGAGCGUGCGUGCACGGGAGGUGAUGCAGGCAGUGAUUGUGGGUGGAGGGUUGGCCGGCCUCGCAUUGGCUAUCGGCCUCCGGAACAUUGGGAUUGACGCGCAGGUGUAUGAGGCGCGGAAGGAGGUGGGAGGAGGAGAGGGCACCAUCAUCUCUCUCUUCCCAAACGGACUCAGGGCACUCAACCGAAUCGACCCUGUCAUUCUGAUUCGUCUAGGUGUCACGGACCCGAAGAGUUUCCUCCUCUCCCCUACCGGUGACGUCAUCGCCCCAUGGGGUUACAGUGCCACCAUGACCGCCCGCUUCGGCCUGCCCAUGCUCUCCAUCCGCUGGCGCGACGUGCUCGACGUGCUGCGCGGAAUGCUGCCAAACGACGCCGUCCACACCGGCCACCGGCUCGUGAAGGUCACUCAGAGGGAGGAGGAGGAUGGAAGGAAUGGGGAGGAGUCCGGUGCGGUGGAGAGGGAUGGCGUGGCGGAGGGGGGAGGCAUGGUGGAGUGCUUUUUCAGUACUGUUUCGUGUGGCAACGAGCAUCUCGUGCGCGUGGAGACCCCUCUGCUGCUGGGGGCGGACGGCAUUCACUCGGAGGCACGGAAGCAGCUGCUGGGGGAGGGAGUGAGUCCGCGGGACAACGGCAGAACCAUCUGGAGGGCCAUCAUCGACAGUGCUCUCUGCCCCCACCCCCUCCUCAAGCCGCGUCACAUCCUGGCCAUGGUGGGACCCGGCCGCACAGCCACAAUUUCUGAUGCCGCAGCAGGCAGGCUCUACUGGGCCUUCACGCUCGUUGAUUCCGCCGAUCCGACGGUCAGCAGCGCGCGGUCCAGCGGGGGGGAGGAGGCGAAGGGGAAGAUCUUGCGGGCGUUUGAGGGGUGGGAUGCGGUGACUCAGCUGGCCAAGGCCACUCCCCCCGACCUCAUUCUCGAACGCCGCGUGCUCGACCUCCCGCCCCUGCCCUUCUGGGUCCACGGGAGGGCGGCUCUCCUCGGAGAUGCGGCGCAUGCAGUGACGCCAGCGCUGGGGCAGGGCGCCAAUCUGGCGUUUGAGGAUGCGGCUCAGCUGGUGGAGUGCCUCCGGGCAAACUCGUUUGUCAGUGACGCCUUACGCUCCUUCCAGUCCAUCCGCAUGCCGCGUGUGCAAGCCGUGGUCUCACAGAACGUCGCAUCCUCCAGGAAAAUCUACGAGGAUAAAGAAGGAGGCACAGAGAGAGAGAGCAGCAAGGGAACUGAAGCAGCAGCGGCAGGUGCAAUGCCGGCAGGAAAGGGAGGGGGAGAAGAGUCUGAGUUCUAUGAGUAUUUGUACUCCUAUGACACACUUCCUCUUGAGGUGUCUUGA